AUCUCUCAUUCUUGAGCCUUCAUGAUCUACAUGACAGGAAAGACUCGUGUACAACUUUAUGUGCAGGAGGAGUUAAAACAAAAGUUAUCUGCCUUCCACAAAGACAGCAGAUGAUCUGAAAACGUGAUCAGAAGACAGAAAAGAGUAAAGAGUUUGAAACUGUAGCAUAUUAGUGCCAUAAAGUGUGGGGUUUGGAAUAAACACUACAACAAGGAGGCAUGGAACAAGCUCCCCAACAACCAAGUGGAUUUACUCCGAAUCUAAAAAUACUCAAGGAACCGCUUGGAUUCAUCAAGGUGUUGGAGUGGAUCUUUGCUAUCUUUGCAUUUGGAACUUGCGGAGGAUACAGUGGAAAUAUAGAAGCGACAAUAAAAUGUAAUGACGAAAAGAAUGUGACAACACUUUCCAUUCCAUUUGGAUAUCCAUUCAGAUUGAAUCGCAUUUUCGUUGAAGUUCCAUCCUGUGGUAAUCAGAGUAGUGAAAAGGUUAUUUUGAGUAAUGACUAUUCAGCUUACCCAGAAUUCUUUGUCACACUUGGUGCUUUUGCAUUCCUCUACUGCAUGGGAGCUCUGAUUGUCUACCUCGGAUAUCGCCACGUCUACUUGGAGAACAAAAAACUGCCGGUCUUGGAUUUCAUCUUUACAUUCUUGUUUGCUUUCUUCUGGUUGGUUGCAUCCUCAGCCUGGGGCAAAGGCCUCACUGAUAUAAAGAAUGCUGUGUCCACAGAAAAUGUCUUCAAGAAUUUCUCUAUUUGUUUAAAGGCUUCUGUUUGCAGAAUAGGAGAACUGACAGCGUGGGGUCGACUGAAUGUAUCUGUUAUUUUUGGCUUUCUAAACCUGAUCAUUUGGGGAGGAAAUUGCUGGUUUGUGUUUAAGGAAACACACUGGCACAAGAAAGGCGAGGACCAGAACCGGGACCCUGGGGAAGCAGAAACUGACAGGAAGUAAUAAGGUGUGCUGGUGCAUUGUGGGUCCACACCUUGUGCCAUUUACUCUCCUGUCAAGAAAUACCACCAGAAGGGCCCUACUUGAAUGACCUGAAAUGUAUAUGCAAAAAAGGACAUCGGUUUUGGCAAUGAAAUUGAAUUCUUUCAUGUUUUAUACUGGCAUAGAUAGUGCUUUUGUGGCUGGUAUUAGUGAUUUUGUAUUAUCUUUUACCAGACCUUUAUAAGGUACCAUUGAUCUGUUUCAGCAAUUGUAUUUCAUUUACUUGGAGGAUGAAAUGUAAAAUUUUAUUUACAUUACAAUACAUGUCUUUUAGUUUAUA